UAGGUGGCAGUGCUGCUUUUUGUGAGAAUGUGAGAAAACAUCUUUUCUCCUCGGAGAGGCAAAGAGCGGCAGGGGGAGCGCAGAAAAAUGGAGGGAGGGGGGAGAAAGCUGAAUGCGGCGUAAGCUUCAGCUGCUAGCUGUGAGGAAUAUCAGCUGAGCCAGAGCGAAUGAGGACGUUUUUGGGGUCACAAAAGACCCCAUGUAAAAAAACGAACACCAUUGUCGGACACGCUAUGGCAUCAGAUGCCGAAGACCCAGUCUAUGUAUCGGCUGUCAGUGUCGCGGAGGAGUCUCCUCUGGGAAUCGGAGACAAAGCUGGAGAAGGACAGCUGGAGAUAGAGGAAGAGGUGACAAUGACAGAAGGGUCCUUGGUGCUUUGGGGUGAAUUUCAAGGCACGCAGCAGAACGAUGGAGAAGAAGAGGGUGACUGGUUCACAAGGGGUCUGCAUGCAUGCCUGUCCGAUGACAGCUGGGUGGCCUUCACAGACAGCGAGGAAUCGCAUAGCGAUAAUCAGGAGGUACUCAUAACGCAAUGCGGUGGCCGCUGGUGGUGUGAAAGUAGCACAACGCUCUGCACGAGAGACCAUUUUCCGAACAAAAACAGUGUCGGACACAUAUUUGAACACUGUUUUCCUCAAAUAUCACUUCCACAUACAGAAGAAGACAUAAAACCACUGGAGACAUUCUUACUUGACACUGGAUUACAGGGGCACAGGGAGACAUAUACCAGAGACACAUGUGAUCACAGAUCGGCAGACUGUUUAUGGGGGGCUACACCUAACCACACGCAAGAUCCUGAUACGCUAUAUAAAUGGGAAGGAUCCCAACUAAGAAGCGCCUACCUCUCAUCCCUAAACGUCAAACUCAAUGACAAGAUGCCACCCAACAGGACUCGGUCCUCUCCAGCCCCUAAGCAGAGAAUCCAGCCACACAAAAUGAGCACAGGGCUGGGGCGAGAACUCAAACUAAUGAAGGUGGCCUCUGUAUCUGUCCAUGUCAGUGGAUUCAACCCUUCCCACCAUCUCCAGUCCCUGUUCCAGCAUUGGUCCCAGCCCAGCGGGAAAACACGGCUGAAAGUGGCCUAUGACUUUAACCGCAGCCUCCUCGUGUAAUGAUCUCUUGGACUUUCAAUUUGGUAAUAUUGGGUGGCCGAGUUGAGGAUUUUUAUGUCACAGAAAAGUAUAUUUUCUACAAUAAAUGCUAGUGAUUGAA